CGCCAACGAUGCAACUACCGAGAACAUUAACUGGACAGAGAACAAGACACUCCUAAGUCCUAAAGCCCAUACCUCAUUCAAUGUGGGCCGAACAAGGAGAACGAGCCGGUUGCGACCCGAAAAUACUCCCACCUCUGACCCGAGUUGAUUUGUCAGCUGACCUCCGGCGUCUAAACCCCUAAGCUAAGCGCCAUUCUUUUCCGAGCUCCCCCUCCUUCCUCCGUAAAACCCCAUCUCCGAUCCACCAGCUGAAACCGACGCGACAAAAUAGAAGAACCAAUUCACCAGACGUGAAGAGCACAAAGAUGGUGAGCAAACCAUGGAGGAUAAUCCCGCGGCCAUUGCUGGAAACAAUCCUGAACAACCACGCUCAGCACCACCGAGUUCAGCAGCCUCUCAUCCUACACGGCCCUCGCGGCGUCGGCAAAACCACCCUCAUCAUUGACCGUCUCUUGAACGAUUGGAACAAAGGUCCCCACGUCACCGGCUAUGUAGAUUUCGCUGAAUCUGUGAAGGAUCAUCACCCGAAGCACGGAAAUUCUUUUCCAUGGGGUUCAUGGUCAACCUGCAACCCGCCGGUUGUCGCCGAUUGCGCGACCCAGUUGGAGAGUUGCCUUGAAUCCAUGGCCCAGAAAGCGAUUCAGCUCGGCAGCAUUUCCUCCACUCAAAUCUUCUCCAUUGUCAGCAAAUGGCACCUUCCUGACACCGCGCUUCGCCGGAUUAUAGUCCAGAAUAGCGCCGGCGUUGCUUCCAAAUCGAAAAAUGCAGUUUCUGAAAAGGUUUUCGGGUCAGUUCUAUGGGACCGGGCAGUGUUCGCGCUAAGUGCUCGAUCAAAUGCAAGGGAGAUGGAUAAAUUAUUGAACUUGGGAGAGAAGGGGAAGAGAAAGUUGUCUGUUGAUGAGACUUCUUACUACAGGGAAGCCUUGGUUGCGCUGAGAUUGGCGAAGGAGGUUAUUAGGGCGAUGCAGAGUUCGAGAGGUAAUGCCAUUGCUCAAUUGAAUCGGACUGGUGGGUUCUCUAGGUCGCUGGCGAAUUCUUGCACGGAUUGGCCAUGUUUGUUGCUUGAGUUGUUGUCACAAGCUGCCGAGAUUGAUUACUUUCAGCCGAAGCUGGUGAUAAACAAUAUCGAGGUGCUGAAAAAUGCUUUGUUAAAUGAUGAUAAGAUGGUGUCUGGAUCAAUGUAUCAUGACAGUCUGAUAUGGAGAAUCAUUGCUUUGGGUGCCAAUGAGAAGUGUCUUCCCGUUAUGCUUGUGACUUCUGAUAGCUACUAUUCUUACAGGGCUUUCAUGGAUUUCGGUUUUCCAGAUAUAUUUAUCUCUAGAGAGACCUUUGGUUGGACUCCAAGGGAGGCUGAAUUGCACAUGAUUGCAGACUACUUCAGUCAAUCAGAGUGGAAAAUGAUAGUUGAAGUGCUUGGGCCAAGCCCUAGGCAUCUUUUUGAACUUUAUGCACUCAAGCAAAGCAGCUAUUACCAGAAGGUACUGGAGGACAAGGAUAACACAUUCGAGGAUAUCAUUGAUGCAUAUUUAGCUUAUCUACAGAUAAUUGUUGUAAAUCCUGCAAUGGAUAAAGCCAUUGCGAUCCUCCAGAAGUUUGCCGAGGAUGCAAGAAAGGGAAAAAUUCCAAAAGAUAAGCUGCGAUUUGGCUCUUCUUGGAGGCAUCCUCCUCAAAGAGAUGAUCCUAUUCGGUCCUCCAAUUGGGCCAAGCUUCAACUCAUGGAUUUUAUCCAGACGUUAGCAAACACUGAAUUUGGGGUUAAUUAUCUAGCUGAUUGUAGCUUGGAGAUUCUGGAUGAUCCAUGCACAGGGGCAUUGAUUGAGGUUGGCUUGUUAUACGCUCAGCGUGAACCAUCCUUCAUUCGACCCAUAUCUAGAGGAAUUCAACGGUGUCUAGCAAGAUGGCUUGUGAAGGAGAAGAUGCAAAUGGAUUUCGGGUCCUCGUUCCAGUUCUUGUGGCAACGGUUAAUACGUGGUCGUAGCUAUCGCCAUCUGAUGCUAGAAGUGGGUUAUAGUAAAUUUUAAAAUUGAUGGACGUGCUGACAUGCAAUGAUUGAAGUUAAAUUGAGUUGCUUAAAUUAGUUACAGUUGUAAAGACUUGUUUGUGAAGUGCCAAUUGCACCACAAAAGAUCAAGGUUCAAGUCCAGAGAGGUGUUGACGUCCAGUUGACCUCGUACAAAACAGAAUGUGGCCAGAUUUUGCAGCUGUCGGUAAAAGCGCCCAAGGCCCAGUUUGAGGGAGGAAGGUGCCGAUUUCUGCUGCUUAGCAUCAACUCCUUGGUGUGGAAUAACACGAAGAGUUAGCUUUCGUGCUUCGACUUUUGAUUCUUUGUCUUUGGUAAAGGUACAUUUGAUCACUGGCUCCCAUAAAUUGACAGUAGGCCCCCAAUCGAAUCAUUGUUCAUAAGGUUUAACAGUAAACAAAAGAUUCAUUACCCUUUAAAUGUACUUCAUUAGUGUUGUAUUCUACUCGAAAUUGGGAAAAGGAAAGAUCCAUACUCUUCACAUGCUGAUUGUUAUAGUAAUCAUGUACAUUUAAAGGGAUGACAAUGGGUCGGGUUGGGGCGGGUUUUGUCAAACCCAAACCCAUGGGUUUAUCCGUCAAAAAAACUCGGGGAAAACCAGCUGGGUUUGAAAAACUCAAACCCAACCCAACCCGCUGGGU